ACCCAAGUAUCAAAUCACAAUUCAAAUACUAAUCUCAAUCUCAGUUAAAACUUUCCUUCUUAACUUUCAAUUUCGUUUCACACUUUUCUGUCAUCCAUGGCGCCCAAGGGAGAGAAGAAGCCAGCGGAAAAGAAGCCCGCAGAGAAGGCACCAGCCGCCAAAGCCGAGAAGAAGAUCCCAAAGGAUGCUUCCUCCACCGACAAGAAGAAGAAGAGAAGCAAGAAGAGCGUUGAGACCUACAAGAUCUACAUCUUCAAGGUUCUUAAGCAAGUUCAUCCUGACAUCGGAAUCUCCAGCAAGACUAUGGGAAUCAUGAACAGCUUCAUCAAUGACAUCUUCGAGAAGCUCGCUCAGGAAUCUUCUAGCCUUGCUCGUUACAGCAAGAAGCAUACCAUCUCUUCUCGGGAGAUUCAGGCUGCCGUCCGCCUUGUUCUUCCCGGCGAGCUUGCUAAGCACGCCGUUUCUGAGGGAACUAAGGCUGUUACGAAAUUUACCAGCACUUGAGUUCAAAUGUUUUUCCAAUUUAUCUAAUUUGUGGUUUAUGUAAAGUUGAUUUUGGAUAUUGUUGUAUUCAUGUAGCAAUUAAGAUAUCUAAUGAAACUUCAUUUUGAUCUAAA